CAGAGAGCGGAAGUCGCUCAGGCGGAAUACAGCCAGCUUCACACAGCAUAUAAAUCAGGUUUAGCAGACAGCGAAAGGAAGAGAUUGUGAUAGAAAGCCUGUGUCCGUGUGCUGAUUUGUUAGCAUUUGGUUGUUGAUAUUAAAAGGAUUACACCCGCAAGAAGAGACGAUACUUCUCUGUCUGACAGUCGUUAAUUGUGUUGUCGCAUCUGCCGUUGUUGCUAGCUAGUGUGAAGUCGUUAGCUGGACAGCGUUAACGUCAAUAGGAGCUAACAACGUGAGGUCGGAAGAUACAAUCAUCAGUGGUCGAUUCUGCUAUUAAAGGAGCUCCAGCCGUCUGUGUACGGUGUCCUACUGGUCUUAUCAGGGCCCAUAGGAAACAAGUAGCCGAAGCCUGGCGUUAUAUAGCUCGCUGUAUGAUUUGUGUUUGCACUCCUCUCUGCCACGGUGCCGUGUAGCUGUCCACGUCUAGUCUCGUCUAACGUUGCCAGCUGAGCUAGGCCACGUCCCCGCGGGCGGAUAUCAUCUACUGACGUUGGUACGAAUCGCAGAGAAGAUGCACAGUGUGCGGAAGGAGGAAGGAGAUUAAGGACCAGGAGCAAUGUGAAAAGUCAUGACCGCUCACGACUGUCCUGUCUGUGUAGUGUUUGCUGACUGUUUUUUCCCGAGCGGUUGCCGCAUAUCCACGGCAUGUCACGUAGGCUGAUGUGUUUUACAGCGGGAGACUACUCUCAUUGACGUAUUGUAGGUUACGGUAACAACCUGAAGCAAACGUCACACUUUUUUUUUUUUUUUUGGUUUUGAAAUGGUUGGGUUUGGUGCAAACCGACGGGGAGGCCGCCUCCCAUCCUUCAUCCUCAUCUUCUUGAUGUUGAUCAUCGCCAUACUGUCUUUCAACUACUGGACUGUGACCAACAAGCACAGCCGCUUGCUGGACGAGCUGGCGGAGGUACAGACGCAGGUGAAGCGCACGGACGCGGCGCGCAGCCGGCUGGAGAAGCGGAACUCUGAGCUGAUGGUGCAGGUGGACACGCACAAGAAGCACAUCGACCAGAAGGAGGGAGACUACACUAUGCUGGAGAACAAGCUGCAGGCCCGGGAGUCUAUCAUCAAAAAGUGCACUGAUGAAAAGAUGAAGGUGCAGGGUGACAUCGCAGCCCAAAUGACGGAACUCCAUAGGCUGAAAGAGCAGCUAAAGGAGCUGAAGCAGGAGUUCAUGAAACAGGAAGAUCAGCUAAGAGAAGUGAAGAAAAACAGCACUACCUUGGAAAGAAAACUGGAGUAUGAGAGUUUACAGUGUGGCCGUCAGAUUGCACAGCUGAAGGAAGAGUAUGAAGACACAAAAAAGACCCUGGAGGAAGAAGCAUCAAAGCUAAGAGAGAGUGUAAUGGACGGCCAAAAGGGUGCAGUGGCGGGUAGACAUGCAGAGGCAGCCCCCGGGGAGGAGAUAGUUGGAGAGCGCCAUACAGUGGCCACUCACGGGCAAGACAGUCCAGAUUUAAAAGAAGAGAUGGGUAAGCCUGGCAGUGAUGCUGGCAUGCCUGGAAUUGAAGACAGUGAGGUGGGGAAAAUUGACGAUGUUCAAUUUGCCUUGAAGAAACCAGCCAUAACUCAGAAGCACGAUGAAGCCCCUGAUGUGGUUGUCGGAGCUGGUGCUGGUCCUGGAGUCGGCGCAGCCGAUGGCCCCGGGGGCCAAGGCCUGUCCCUGGACCAGCCCGGGCUCCAGCAGGACAGAGUGGAGGGCCGAGCAGCGGUGGUCGCACCUCUGGGCGUCAUCAAACAGGCAGACAAACCCAUAGUGUUUGAAGAAGACAACAAGGCAGGUAUCAAGGCAGACGAAGUGGGAGAACAGCAAAGACAACUUCAAGCUCCUGAUAAUGUCAAGGGUGACCGUGACCACUUGAAGGUGAUUCCUCUGCCCCCCAACCCUGCCCAGGUGCCCAACCCCCUCCAGCCUCACCACGCCCAAGACCAAGCUCCAGCAGAGCCAGUUCACCACCGCCAAAGCCGGUUCUUUGAUGAGAACGAGUCCCCAGUAGAUCCGCAACACGGCUCUAAGCUAGCGGACUACAAUGGGGAUGAUGGGAACGUGGGUGAGUAUGAGGCCGACAAGCAGGCUGAGCUGGCCUACAAUGAGGAAGAGGAUGGUGAUGGUGGGGAGGAAGACGUUCAAGGUGAGCCAGGCCGGGGGACUGGACUGCCUGUUGUGUAUCAGAUGUGUAUCCACCAUUCCUCCCUUGCUCCCUCCCUCCUUCCACCCCUGUCCUGCUGCCGCGCUCCUGCAUUUGUCUCGACAGUUAGAGGAGCUCACAGUACCCUGAGUUUGGUCCUUGAAUCCAUCAUAAACCAGAGAUGAUUAAGAACUAUGACCGAAACACCUUCAGGGUCCAAGCAGGACUGCUUUUUAUGCAGUUACGGCAUUGUUUGCUGUGUAGGAACAGUAACAAUCUUAGCACCCUAUUUUCCUAUGUAUGGGGAAAACUUACGGUUCUGUGAGAGUAAGUGUCCAUCUAGUAUUUUCUCUCCUGCCUGUGCUUCCUUUUAGCUAUACCACCUGUCUGUGCCCACCAAACAUCUGACCCACAUCUCGACCGGUAGAUAAAUAUAGCUCACUGUGUUUGUGAAUGUGUCUGUGUUCUCCUUGAAAUCUUGAAAUACAUGUCCAUGUUUUUAUUACUUCCUAUUGUUUUCUUCCAUACAUUUUUCUGAUUGCCUAUUAGAUUAGAAUUUUAAUGUGAUAAGAGUGUAACAGUACUACAUUUGGAGAGUACUAUUUGUGUUUCUGUUAUAUGGCUGUGACUUGUCAUUGGUAUCUGUUAUAUCUGUGUUAAACUGUUCAGUUUGUAUACAGUCUGGUUUCAAUAAAAAUCUAGGAUGUUCUUAUUUUAAUGACCGACACGGAAGCUCAUAAUAUGCUGGAUAAAUGUAGGAAGCAUUCCUCCCAAAAGUACAUGUAUCCUUCUAAUACAUUUCUUCUAGAUUAAUACAUUGUUACAAAAUCAGGAGGCCUGUGUACAAAAGAGGACGGUGAGUCCUACAUUGGUCUCUCAGGAUGGACCUUACCCAUCACCUCAAACACCGUUCAGCACUUAAACCUGAAGUCAAUGUUUCGUUUCAAAUCCAGUGUGCUGAAGUAUGUCACUAAAUCCUGAUAUUUCCUGACUGCCAUGUAGGUUUCUUUAUGGAUGCACUGAAACCGUUUGGAAUCAAGCUUUUGAUGUGAUUGGACUGAUGGGGAGGACAUGUAACUUUAUAUCCAAAUAUAAGUGUUUGUAUCUGAUAAUGGUUAUAGCACUUCACUAAGUAUAUUAUUAAAUGUCUAAUGGUUGUGUUGCUUUCUUUUUUUCCAGAUGAUGAUGAUCGAGACAUGCAGGGAGACCGAGCUGUGGAUUAUGGAAAAAGACAUCAACCCAUUGACAUUCUUUGAAUGGGAACUUGUACAGCUGUAACUAAUUACAAAUAUUGAGACCUUCUACAACCAAGGUCUUUUCUUGAGAAAAUAGUUUGAACAUCAAUAUGUUUAAGAAUUUAUAGGGUUCAUCCUCAAUGUCGCGGACUAUUUUGAAAAACAGACAUUGCAACUAAUGAAUUAAUUCUGAAUAACGUACCAUAAUACAAAGGAAAACAAUCAUGGCAUUGUCCUGAGCUGCUGUUGAUUUGCUAAUGGUUCUAGGUUGAGGCAGUAGAUAUGAUGCGAUAUACACCGACUGUUGAGUUUUGUUCUUUGAUAACUGCCUCAGUCUACAACGGAGAGAUCCGAGGAGCCCUGUUGAUUCGCAGCUGAACUUUAAGGUCGAACUGGGGGGUUUUUUUCCGGGGUUUUUUUUUUUUGUUGCGAUUUUUCUUCACAGGUUGCUGUUGCGUGAUAUAAACAAAACUCUUCACCUGAGAUGUUUAUCAAAGAGACUAAUCCAGCAUUCUGCCUUUCUAACAUCAUUUUGGGACUUUUGACGUGGAAGACCAUUUUUUCGUUUACAGGAGUGGGAAUGCAUUGCAAAUGCCAAGGACCUUUCUUCUGGCCUAUUAAAUCAAUUUCUUUUCUUUGUGACAGACACUUGAAAGUGCUCCUCGUUCUGUUUUCUUUCUAUGAUGCCAUUGCAUGCAUUUGAAACUUUUUAGUAAUCAACUGAGUAAAAUACCGAUGCUUAAGCAAUACUUAGAGCGAUGUUAGUAUCCUCCAGUGUGAAACGAUUAACCAAGCACACACAGAACUGACGUACUGUACACAUGCUUCCAGUAAUGAGGUCCCUCAAAUAAUGUAGAUUAACAGUUACCAUUUGUACAGAGGAAAACCUAAUUCCUCAACUUGUAGGGAAAUCUGUGAACAUGGAAUCAGUUCCGUUUGUGCAGCCAGGAAAAUUGGUUUCUCAUGGAAAGGCACAUUGAAUGUAAUUUAAUUUUAUUAAAGGUGAUGCUUCAUG